GUCGGCAGGCGGUGCGCGCGAGGCCAGCAGCCAUGUCGGGCGACGGUGCAGGAGCGCCACCGCCGUGGAGGCGCAGGGCGUACUGGGUCUGUCAGUGCAAGGAGUGGAACUGGUGCGACAAGAGGGCGACCUGCAAGUCUUGCGGGAAGGAGGCGCCAGCGUGGGCGAAGCGCCUGCGUGCAGCGCCCCAGCCCCAGGCCGACGGGGAGGGCUACGUCCUGCAGCCCAGGGGGCGCUCGCAUCAGCGUGCUGCGCGCCGAGCUGGCGAGGCCUCCAGGGCUGCCUCGGCUGCCAGCACCGCCCCGAGCAGCGCACCCAACAGCAGGGUGCGGCCUCGGGGCGGAACCAAGCCCCCCCCGUGGCGUGAGGAGCGUGAGGAGCAGCCAGAGGAGCCCGCUUCGAGCCUGGAGCGCAGGCUUGAGGGAGCCCAGGCGCGCGUCUCCAGCCUCCGCGAGGCCGUCGCCAUGGGCGGGACCAGCGAGGCCUUCCAGCGAGAGGCCAGGGCGGCCCUCCUCGCAGCGGAGCGCGCUGCUGAGAGGGCCGAGGCAGAGCUCCGUGAGGCCCAGCAGCUCGGGAGGCCCCCCCACGCUGUCCUCCACGGGGGUGCCAACGCCAUGCAGAAGGUCGAGAAGCAGAUCACCGCCACCAGGGCCAAGCGCGACCAGGCCGUGCAGCGAGCGGAGGCCCUCAGGGGGGAGAUCGCGGCGAAGCAGGAGGAGCUGGCCGAGGUCGAGUCUGCGGUCGAGGACUUCAACUGUCAGCUCAGCAAGCUCGAGGAGUCGAAGGCGCAGACGGUCCAGCAGGCCCUCCAGCGGGCCAUCGAGGUGUGCGGUGGCAAGCGUCCCCUCGAGACCGCAGUCGGAGGCCUCGUCACUCAGGUCAGCCAGUUGGGCGAGAUGCUUGGCCGUAACUCGGAAGGCGUUGCGCCCAGGCUCCUGGAGAUCAUGGACAUCAUCACCACGCAGAGCGCCGCCAUCUCGGACAUGCUCCGCCCUGCUGCGCCUGCCGCCGCUGCUGCCCGCUGGGCCGACGGCCUCGGCGGGGACGGGCUCGCCGUCGACGUCGACGAGGAAGGGCCCCCCGCCCCUGCCCCUGGGGCCACCGGCUCCGUGGAGCCGCAGCCGCCAGCGGAGGCCGCAGGCCAGCAGGUGCGGCCAGGCCCGCCCACCCAGAGGGCGUGCCCUGCAGUGGGGCCCUACGGGCCAGCCGCCGCCCGCGGGCAGUCGGGCGCAGCGCUCGGCGCUUGGCCCCAGCCUGGCCAGGCCGAGCGUAAGAUCCUGGUGGACGCCAGGGACGAGCACGAGGACGGCCAGGCCGUGGCUACCCUGGCGGCGCGAGUGGGCGGGGCCGAGCCAGCUGGCGAGAGGGCCGCAGCGCAGCUCCGUGCAGGCUUCGCCGUGCUGGGCCUCAACGGCAACACUUGGGACCGCGCCAUGGAGGUGCUCGAGGCCUACAUAUCGCGGGAGGACGAGCGCCCGCACCUGGUCACAGUUCAGGAGGUCCGCCUUGGGCCUCGCCAGCUGGAGAACGCGCGCCGCCGUGCUCGCGGCUUGGGAUACGCGGCUUUCUUGCAUGCAGCUGCGCCCACUGGGCAGGCGGCCCUAGCCCACUCAGGAGGCGUCGGGGUGCUUGUCCGCGAGGACCUCCAGGCGAGGGAGGCGCAGUGGCGAGUGCCAGGGGACUUCAGGCACCGCAUGGUCGCAGUCAGGGUAGCAGCAGCCUCGGGCUUGCAGCUUCUAGCUUGCUCCUUGUACCUGCAGGACGGCCUAGGGCCCAAAGGGGUCAACCUGGACAUCAUCGGCGGCCUGGGGGACCUGGUGCUGACCGAGGGGCUCCCGUGGCUCGUGCAAGGCGACUUCAACAUGGAGCCUGGGACCCUCUACGAGCUCGGCUGGCCAGCCCUUCAGCGAGGUGCCUACCUUGGGCCAGCCGAGCCCACGUGCAUGGCGUCUGGCACGGAGCGGGCGUACGACUGGUUCGCGAGCUCGUUCUGCCUCUCCCACGGGGUUGCCAACACCGCAGUUCUGGACGGCUACGCAUUGCACCCGCAGAGGCCAGUCCGACUGCGGCUGCAGGACCUGCGGCCAGAUGCGCUGGUGCAAGUCCUAGUGAGGCCUGGCCGCUUCCCUGACGUGGGGGCAGCCAACUGCAGGGCCCACGAGGACGCCGUCGUGCAGGUGUUUCGGCGCAGCGGUCGAGUGCAGUGGCAGGCUGAGCCGUGCACCUGGAGCUGGGAGGCAGGCGAGUUGCCCCACGACCUCCCUGCUGCGGUGUGCGAGUGGGUCGAGGCGGUCGAGGGCACGUUGGUGGGCAUCCACGACAUCCAGCCUGACGCACACAAGCGCUUCCUGGGUCGUGCCGCGGGGCCGAGGCGCGCCCUGAGGCCGAUGAGCGCGGUCGCGAAGCGUGAGUACCGCUUCCGCCACUCCGAGCUGACCCACGCCAUGCGGCAGGCCCUCGAUCUGGCUCUGCAGAGGCUGGCCGCCGAUAGGAGUGGGAGGUGGCGGCAGUCGCACGAGAGCUGGUACUCGCGCGAGGCGGAGCGCAUCUCGGGCCUCCUGGGGAUCGCCUCGGCCGCGGCCCGCGAGGAGGAUGAGGCGGAGCAGCUCGACUUCGACACCAGCGGGUGGAUCGACCUCGUCGGCCAGGCAGGAGUCCUCGGCCACGUCGGCGCCAUCACGGAGCUCCAGCGACGGCUCUGCAGCUCGCAGCGGCGCGACGGGGGCAUCAGCUCCGCUCGGUGGCGAGCGUGGGCCAAGGAGGCCGUCCAGCGAGGAGGUAGGUUGGCGCACCGCUUUGCCAGAGCGGUACCUCCUCCUCCUCAGGUCGUCGACCCAGACACGGGCAUGCCGCUGGCAGGGAUGAUUGCUAUUGGUCAGCUCGAGGCCAACUGGCAGGCCCUCUGGCAGCAGGAAGGUUUCAAGGGAGGAGCCGACGUCUGCACCUGGGACGUCCAGGACUGGACCUUGCCUCCCAUCACGCUCGACAUGUUCCAGGCGACGUGCCGCCGCUAUUCCCCAUCUGCAGGGCUCGGAGCGGACCAGCUACACCCUAGACAGCUGCUGAUCCUGCCGAGUGCCCUUCAGCUCCGCUGCCUGGACCUCCUUGCGGCGUACGAGGAGCGGCCGCAGGCGCUGGGAGGCGCGGGAGCUGAGAUGGCCCGACAGCUUGGGGACUUGCACCUCCCGCUCAGCGCCAAGAAGUCCGUUUACCUUGCGUCCUGCUCUGGCCUCGCCCAGGAGCUGGGCGAGUACUGGAAGGCGCACGGCAUUAAGUUCGAGAGGGUGCAUCAAGCCCGUAACCUGGGCACCGAUGCGAGUAUCACGAUGAGAGGAGUCCGUGAAGGGCGAGGGCGGGCGCGGGAUGCGCUCCAGCGGGCGCGGCGCCUGCGUUGCCUACGAGCUGCAGGAGUCGAAGUGGACCUGAUCCACAAGGCUGGGCCUACUUCCAGUAUGGUUUGGGGACGGACGGUUACUGGCGUGGCCGAUGGAGAGUUGCACAGCUGGCGCGUCACUGCUGGGCGGCUUCCCCGCGGCGCAGCCCUCGGCCUCAGGCUGCGGCGCGCGGAGCUCCGCAGGGGCCGCGACCUGGAUCCCUUCGUGCUGAUCACGGAUCGCUCGCUCCAGAUGCUGGCAGGGCUCUUGCACUCGGGCGAGCUCUCCCUGCCGAUGCUCAGGGCCGAGCUCGAGGCUGCGGCGUCGCGGAUCGGCUGGUGCUUCAGGUCCGAGCGGUGCCUCAUCACGGACGUCGGGGACGAGCUGGACUUGACGUUGCCGGGGCCGCGCGAGCUCGGCAUUGAGGCCGGCCUUGGAGCGAGGCGCGCCUCGGACAGGCAUGAGAUGCUGAAGCUGGCCUACUCCUCGUCUGUGCAGGGCUCUCUUUUCUGGGACGCCUUCAGGGAGCUCAUCGGGCCAAGAGGCAAGUUCAACGAGCGCGAGAGGAACGGGCUGGUGGCUUACCUCACGAACGCGCACUGGCCGCAGGCGAGGCUCUGCAGCGCCCGCGAGAGCAGCCACGCCAGCUGCAGGUGCUGCGGAGCUGCUCGGGGCACCCUCUGGCACAGGUUGUUCGAGUGCCCCAUGCUUGCGGCCCAGCGGCGGGAUUCGGUCUCACCAGCGCUGAUGAGGAGCGCUGUGCGGGUCCGCGCCCAGGGAGAGGCAGCAGGGGAGGACUUCGGUAGGUGCUGGCUGCCAGCGCCGCCGCCUCCUCAAGGGCCUCGCACGGACGCCAUGAGUGUCUGGUGGAUACGCAGGCCUCCCGACGACAGGCUCAAUGGCAAGUUGUACUUGGACGGCUCGGCAGUCGACCCGCAGUUCGGCUCCCUGAGACGCGCGGGCUGGGCGAUUGCUCAGUGCGACGACGACGGCAACCUCAUCGCGGGCGUCUACGGGACCGUCAGGAGGGACCUCUGCCCGCAGCAGACCGCCCGCGACGGUGAGGACUUUGCGGUCUGGAUGUUGGCGAACUACGCGGGCCCUGCAGUCGAGGAGGUCAACAUCGACUGCAAUGGCACGGUCGAGUGCCUGCGCAGGGGGCUGGCCUAUGCGACGGGCCCGACGAAGGUCAACGCCCACCUCUGGAGCAGGAGCCUCACCGCCUUCGAGCCUGGCAGCUUCAGGGUGAACAAGGUGCCCGCCCACUGCAGCUGGCAGGCAGUGCUCGACGGGCGCCUCACGGAGGCGCAGAGGCGCGGCAACCAGCACGCCGACCGCCUCGCCAAGCUGGGAGCUCGGCUGCGCGCCGUUGACGCCCAGACCGUGAGCGAGCACCGUGCCCUGGCGGGUUUCGUCCAGGAGCUGGCCCGCUGGGUGGGCCAUGCGGCCGUCAUCUGGCAGGACAUCGCGGAGAAGGACAGUGACGGGUUCCUCGAGUCCGACGAGAGGCAGCGGGUGAGGUUCGCCGACCAUGAGGAGCGAGCCGAGCUUCCCACUGCAGGCAGGCCGACGGCUCAGCAGCCGCGCGUGGAGAGCGUGCGCUCGGUGGCCAGCGCUGUUGGCCUCUCCAUCACCACGGCUGGCAUCUGCUACCUCGGCCACUCCCUGGCGUACGCGUGCUGCGACGUGGGCGAGGAGCCCCAGGAGCUGGUGGCAUGCAGCAGGUGUGGGGCCUACAUGGUCCUCGGCGGCCGCUCUGGAGGCCGCCCAAAGCUCAAGGAGCCAUGCGUCGGCGAGAGGGCCACUGGGCAGCGCAGCCAGCGCCGCCUCUGGGCUCGAGGGCUGCAUCCAGGCGGACGGCCUCGCGGAGGAGACCAGCAGCGCAGGGAGAAAGGUGCCGAGAUCCCCGCGCUGCGGCUGCAGGGCCCCCUGCCCCCAUCGGCCCAGGAGGCCUUCCUGGCCUGGCUGGGCCUCGUGGGCGAAGCGGGCCCGCCGCCAGCGGGAGGCAGCUCGGCGGCAGCGUCUGGAGGCGCAGGCGGCCGCGAGCAGGAGGCUACGGCGCGGCCGGCGGCACCAGUGCAGCAGGUGGUGGCGGGCAGCCCGCGGGCCGCCUUGCUGGCCGCGUACGGCCUGGACGGGCAGGACCUCGCCGAGCGGGUGCUGGCCGCCAACUCCGCCGCGGAGGACCGCCGCGUCCGCCCGCGGCGCGGCCGCGGCCUGAGGCCCGUCGGCGAGGGCUCGGGCGAGUAG